AUGACGAGCUGGCUUCGCGAAUACAGUUCUGCUCUUGAGGCUCGAGAUGCUCAAGAGCACGGUAACAGUCACAUAAUUCGUUCUUAUACGAAGCUCGCUGAUCGGGUGUGUGAGCUCGAGACUGCUGCCGCAACUGCAACUCCUCCGCUACCACCUAUAAGCACAUCACCCCCAAAAGGACGACAAGCGUCUGUGAAGGCACAAUCACCUUCUCCCGGUCCACUGGACAAGGAUGCUGUGUCCAGAAUCCGAUCAGACCUUCAAAAUACCCAACGCGCCCGACAAACUUUACAGUCGCAGCUGUCUUCAGCUACCUCGACCGUCACAUCAUUGCGCUCGCAACUCGCAGCUCAGGGGUCACAGGUCGCUCAGCUCGCGCGGACGAAAGAGCUCCUUGAACGUAAAGUAAAAGAUAGGAAUGAAGAGAUUAAGGGCAAGGGAAGGCUAGCUACAGAGGCCCAGGACGAAAUGGUAGCGCUCCAGUUGCAACUAAACGUACUUGAGAAACAGAACGAAGAUCUAAAGAAGGAGAACCAGAUGCUUGUCCAACGAUGGAUGACGGAAAUGGGGCAAAGAGCUGAAAAGAUGAACUUGGACUCAAAGUGGGAGUAG